AUGGCGCCUGCUAAAGAGCCGAAGAAACGAGUGAAAUCUAUUAAGAAACCGGGGGAUAAUCCGAUAGCGAAAACGAAAAAAUUUAAGAAGUGCAACAAAUUGUCCACGUUCAUGAAUUUGAUCUUUCGUAACGUUAUUCGGAAGAGGACGGUAUUGAGUGCAGAGGUUGCGCUGAUCAUCAUGAAGAUAUUCAUGAAAAUGAUUGGGAAGACAGCCAAUGGCGUGACACGUCGCAAGAAGAAGUUUGUGACCGUCAGGGAUGCUCAACUUGCCGUGGCUAGCGUCCUUCCUGGAGAGCUGGGGUACCGUGCUCACCAGAGCGCUAUGAAUGCGAUCGCCGAGUUCCGUCGUCGUCACGCCAGCGAGUUGGCGAGAUUGUCUCAAGCUUAG